CCAGCAUCACCUGACUGUCGGCCCUUCACAGGAAGAAGGCUGGCGUAUUCAACAUGGCUGCGGUCUUCUGACAUAGGAGUUGUCUAAAGUAAUGCUAUAGCCCGGCUUUCUUGAUAGUACACUUGACUCCGUUCAUUGUGUUAAAUAGUUUUGACUCUGCUUCGACAUGGCCCAGUGUGUCCAGUCUGUACAGGAGUUCGUUCAGGACUCGUUUGUCCCGAUGGUGGCCGUCUUGUGCAGUGAAGAAGCUGAGAGAGUGACUCGCAAAAACAACCUAAAUUUUGCGGAGCUGCUGAGGCCUUUCUGCAGACUUACGUCUGAAGGUCACAUCCGAGAUCCCAACAAUCAACUGCAGGUUGUGAAAAACCUGCGUAUCUGUGUCAACAAUUUAAUGACAAGUCCAACAACAACAUCUACAUCUCCGAGCCCUGCUCAGCGUCAGCUACUCAGUGAUGUGGUGUUAUCCUGCCAGCCCCAAGAAAGUGCUGUGACUAAUGUGGUUAUGGCAGGAGAUUAUGAGCUCAAUUUCAGUGAUGACUGUGUUAAAGCUAGCACCCCCUGGUACAGUGUCUGGAGAGAAACACUGUUGGAAAUCAAAACCUCCAAGUACAGCUCAGUAACCACACCCUGGUUUGAAGCCUACAGGGAGAACUUCCUGCAGUCAAUGCCUGCCUCUGACCACGAGUUCCUCAAUCAUUACCUUGCUUGCCUGCUAGUGGUAUCAUCCACUGAGGCAGUCCCUGUGGAGCAGUUCCUCAAGCUUUCUCAGGAGCAGCACAGAAUUCAGCACAGUGGAGAAUACACUAAUCCCAAGUGGUUUAUUCCUAACACACUCAAGUACUAUGUCUUGCUACAUGACAUGUGUGAAGGGGAUGAACAAAGGGCAGAUUUGGUUUAUGAGGAUAUGAAACAGAGGUAUGGGUCUCAGGGCUGCUAUCUGUUGAAAAUGAACUCCCGUACCUUCUCAGCUAAUGUAGAUGAACAAAUUCCAGAUCCCUGGAGUCAAUACUUGCACAAGAAUAAUCUCCAUAACCAGGAUGUGUUUGAUGAUCCAGCUCCAACUGUGAACAGUGCUGCUGUAGAGACCAUUAUUAGCAGACCUGAAGUAGACGGUAAUUACUCAGCUGAGAAAGCAGAUGAGAUGUCCAGUAGCUUGGAUCCUCUCCAGCUGGACAGCAGCAUGGCAAACCUGCACAACCUCAGUGCUGUACAUGCGGACCUAAAGAAAGGUGCUAAAGAUUCAAACAGCCCAGCCUGUGCUGCAGGUAGCCAUGGGGCUUGUCUGACCCUGAAUGACCAUGAUUACAUAAGACAGUUUAUCCAAGAAUUCACCUUCAGAGGUCUACUGCCACACAUAGAGAAAACCAUCAGACAGCUGAAUGAUCAGCUAGUAUCCAGGAAGGGCCUGAGUCGGUCUCUGUUCACUGCAACAAAGAAGUGGUUUGGUGGAGGAAAAGCUCCAGAGAAGAGCAUCAGUGAACCAAAGAGCACAUUUGGCCUUCUAUAUCCCCCAGAAGCCCCAGAACUGCAGAUCAGGAAGAUGGCUGACCUGUGCCUCCUGGUUCAGCACUAUGACUUGGCUUACAGCUGUUAUCAUACUGCCAAGAAGGACUUCCUGUCAGACCAGGCCAUGCUGUAUGCUGCUGGGGCACUGGAAAUGGCUGCAGUGUCAGCAUUUCUGCAGGGUGGAGCCUCGAGACCUUAUCCAGCACACUACAUGGACACCGCAAUACAGACGUACAGAGAUGUCUGCAAGAACAUGGUGCUGGCUGAGCGCUGUGCUCUACUCAGUGCUGAAAUACUCAAGAGUCAGGGAAAAUACUCAGAUGCUGCCACGCUUCUCAUUAAAAUGACCAGUGAGGACUCUGAUUUACGGAGUGCUCUGCUGCUGGAGCAGGCUGCCCACUGCUUCAUUAAUAUGCGAAACCCUAUGGUGCGCAAAUUUGCCUUCCAUAUGAUUCUGUCUGGUCAUCGUUUCAGCAAAGCAGGACAGAGGAGGCACGCACUACGGUGUUACUGCCAAGCCAUGCAGGUGUAUAAGGAGAGAGGGUGGUCUUUGGCAGAAGAUCACAUCAACUUUACAAUUGGGCGUCAGUCCUUCACACUUCGCCAACCAGAGGAUGCUGUAACAGCUUUCAGACAAAUCCUGAUCAAUGACAGCAGACAGACGGCUAAACAGCAGGGCGCCUUUCUCAGAGAGUACCUCUAUGUUUACAAGAGCGUGUUGGGAGGAAAUGAAGUCAGCCUUCCCCAGCUUCCUCUGCCCUGCAUCCACAGCUCAGCCACAAGAGUCUACUUUGGACACGAACGCCGCCUUGCAGAAGGAGAAAAGCAGGCAGCCACUCACGUGUCACUGGACCAGGAGUAUGACCAGGAUUUGUCAGCCAUGUGGUGCCAUCUAGAAGAGCAGCUUGUAGCUUCUGCAAAUGGGGGUGUUGUCCCAGGAAAUUUUCAGCCCACUCAGUGCUGCCUCAACAGUCAGACAGACAACCUCCGUCAUCCCCUGGCUGUGGUUGAAGAGCCGAUCAUAGUGGAGGUGACAUUCAGGAAUCCUUUGAAGGUUUCUCUGGCCCUGUCAAGCCUCUCGCUCCUGUGGAGGUUUACUGUUGACGGUUCAUCUUCAUCAAAUGAGAUGACAGAAGAGACCAUUACCAAUGAGGAGACCUCAGCUGUAGGGAUGACACAGAAGGAUGAUAUUGUCACCUCUGAGACCAUCCAGGAGUUUCAUUUGGGUCCAGAGGAGACCAAAAUGGCCCGACUCAAGCUGCUGCCACACAGAACUGGUCAGCUGAACAUUGUGGCUGUAGUGUACAACCUGGCUGCAGGCUCCUCUGGCGAAAUGACUUCUAGCACUGAAGACCAGCAGACUCUAGAUUUGAUGGUUCGUGGGAAACAGGACUUGAACAUCCUUGGCCCACGUCUUAAUCUGACCAAAGAGGACAAGAUGUCAGUUCGGCACGGUCCUGAUCGACGUCUGAAUCCCAUCAUAACACCACCUAUGCCCCUGAUGGAGGUUUUUUUCCUGCAGUUUCCCACUGCUCUGCUGUGUGGCGAAAUCCGAAAAGCAUAUGUUGAGUUCUGUAAUGUCAGCGGUGUUGCUUUGUGUGGCCUGCGAGUGGUGUCCACACACGCCGCUUUCUUUACCUUUGGCAGCCAGGCCACAACACCCCUCAGCCCGACGUCAGCUGAAAAUUGUUCAGCUUAUAAAACCUUGGCCACACCUCUCCAGCGGACCUCAGAAGCCACUGAGAGUCUGGUUUCAGCUGCUGAUUUCAGGCAGCCAUCUGGUGUGAUAGAAAUUCCAAUAGAUGGCAGCAUCCUGCAACCAGGGCAGUCCACUCAGCUGCCUCUCUGGCUGAGAGGACCAGACCAGGAGGGAGUCCAUGAAAUCAACUUUCUGUUCUAUUAUGAGAGCGCAGAGAAAGGACUCAAGAUCAGUCACCGGGUGCUGCGCCAUACAGUAUUUAUCUGUGCUAGUCGGUCUUUGAGUAUACAGGCAUCAGCCUGUCGCAGCAGUGUUCCUCCACAUCACUGUCUGGAUGAAAAAGGCAGCAGUGGAACUCUUGUAUUUAUUGAUGUGGAGAACAUCAAUACGAAUGAAGGUGGUGUACGAGAGUUCCACAUCGUUCAGGUCUCGAGUAGCAGCCAACACUGGCGCCUUCACAAGUACAUCAACCCAAACAAGGAUAAAGAAUGUAAACUUGGCAGCAGAGAAAGAGCCAAGCUGUGUUUUAGGGCCGCACGUUGCAAACCCAGUGAAGCUACCUCUAAGGCUGUAAAGAAGUACACAUUUUCAGACCUGAGUUUGGGAAAUGAACAGAUCAUCAGUUCUACCACACCAUGUGGGGAUUUCUUCUUCCGCUGCCUGACGUUAGAAACUCAGGAAGCAUACGGAGCAUCAUCCAGGAUAUCAUCAGUCAGCAGGAGUCAAGGCUCCAUACCCACUGAGAACAGAAGUUCAGACCUAACAGAUAUUGCCAAGGAGUGCAGUGAGCUGGACCUCAACAUAAUUGUCAUUUGGAAGGCUUAUGUGGUUGAGGACAACAAACAGCUUAUCCUGGAGGGCCAACUCCAUGUUGCACUGCAGACCAUCGGCAAAGAAGCCAGUUCUUUGACUGCUAAAGAGGAAGCUCAGGAGAUGGUGCUCCUCAAGUUUAAAUCAGACCUGCCUCCUCCAGUCAUUCUUCCCUCUGCAGAGUUUUGUCAGCUCAUCAAAACCAAUCUACACUACCCUGAAACCUGCACACACCCAUUUGUGCAGGAAAGUCUCUGUUUGGUGCCAGUUACUCUGACUCUGUCCAACUGCUCCUUGGCUCAGGUAGAUGUCAUCAUUGACUUAAGACACAAAAGCACCAGCCCAGAGUCCCUGGAGGUCCACAGCUCAUUUGCUUGGGUGGGUCAGACCCAGUACAAGCUGCAGCUAAAGCCCAAGGAGGUACUGUGUCUAACACUGCAAGCCUGUUUCCUUCAGGCGGGAGUCUACAAUCUCAACACUCCCAGAGUCUUUGCCAAGCCAUCUGAGCAGAGCACCAUGUGUGAGACAAGUCAGCAGACGGCUACUCCUGCUCUUAUAGUCAUCAGCGAUGCCUGAAACGAGCCAGAUGGUCUUCAGGCACUUCUAGACUGUGCUAUGUGUUUUAACUCCAUUCAAGGACCAUUGACAUUAAAUUCCUGGAUAGACUGAGCAUUUGUUCCGUCAGUUUUUGCAAUACUGUAAGAAGAGCUGUUUACAUCCUGAAUUGUACAUCUUUUUAUUCAGUCUGCAGUCCUUUCAAAGGCAAAAUGGACACUGACGACUGAACCGCAUUUGCUGCCCAUUCUCUAAGUCUACAAUUUCAUUA